CACACAAACACGAAGCGGCGAGGCAGAAGAACAGAACAGAAACGCAGGAACGGGGCUCUGGAACUGUUAACUAGUUUAGUUUAAUAGUAAAUUAACGCUUUGUUUAUAGGUGUGUAGUCAGGGUUGAACAUGGGAAAGGCGGAUUUCCUGAGCCCUAAAGCGAUAGGGAACCGAAUUAAAGCUAAAGGGCUGCAGAAGCUGCGCUGGUACUGUCAGAUGUGCCAGAAACAGUGUCGAGAUGAAAAUGGAUUUAAAUGCCACUGCAUGUCCGAGUCCCACCAGAGACAGCUGCUGCUCGCCUCUGAGGAUCCCAACCAGUUCAUGAGCUACUUCUCAGAGGAGUUUAAGAGUGACUUUCUGGAGCUGCUGAGAAGACGUUUUGGGACGAAGAGAGUCCACAACAACAUUGUAUAUAAUGAGUACAUUAGUCACCGGGAACACGUUCACAUGAACUCCACUCAGUGGGAGACCCUUACAGAUUUCACCAAAUGGUUGGGGAGAGAAGGGUUUUGUAAAGUGGACGAGACCCCGAAAGGCUGGUAUAUUCAGUACAUCGACCGGGACCCGGAGACCAUUCGCAGACAGGAGGAGCUGGAGAAGAAGAAGAAGCAGGAUCUGGACGAUGAAGAGCGCAGCGCCAAGUUUAUCGAAGAGCAAGUGCGGCGAGGCAGAGAGGGCAAAGAGCCAGAGGAAGAGCCGGUGUUCACUGAGCUGAAGAGAGAGAGCGAGGAGGAGAAGGUGGCCUUCAACCUAGGUGGCAGCAGCUCCUCCUCCUUAGGUCCCUCUAAACCAAGUUCAUCACUGGGUCCAAGUGCCCUUAAAGCGGCAGCUGCCUCUGUUAAGAGGAAAGACCCCUCCCACAGCUCCGACUCCAAAGACAAGAAGAAGAAAUCAGCUCUGGAUGAGAUCAUGGAGAUGGAGGAGCAGAAGAAGAAGUCAGUGAGGUCGGAUAACUGGUUACGGCCAGACAUCGUGGUUAAAGUCAUCACCAAGAGACUGGGAGACAAAUACCACAAGAAGAAAGCAGUCAUUCGGGAGGUGCAAAAUAAAUACACAGCUGUGGUGAAGAUGGUCGACUCAGGGGACAAACUCAAACUGGACCAAAGUCAUGUGGAGACGAUCAUCCCGGCACCAGGUAAGCGAGUGAUAAUUCUAAAUGGACAGUAUCGGGAUGCAGAGGCCAUUCUGGAAGGUAUAAACGAGAAAAAAUUCUCUGGCACCCUUCUAUUAGAUUCGGGUCCUAUGAAAGGAAAGAGAGUGGAGGGGAUUCCAUAUGAAGAUUUCUCCAAGAUGGCCUGAGGUGAAGUCAGUCUACUGUACAGCGGUGCUCAUUAAUCCUGGGACGCCUCUACUGUGUCAGAGCAUUCUUCAGGGAUCUUCUUUUUCUUUUAUUCUUCUCUUAAAUUUUCAUCUUAUUUGGUAAUAACAAUUAAAAUGGUGUACAGUCCUUUAAUUUGUACUGUAAGAACAAUAUACGCUGUAAUUACAUUAAUUUUGAUGGUCAAUCGCAUAUAAAGCACUGUAUAUGCCAGCUGGCAUUAUCCAUUCCAGUAUCCAUUUAAACUUUAAACUAUUUUUUUCUAUGGACAAAAACACUUUUUAUUUUCCUGAAAAAUUUCUCCUGAUUAUAACUCUUCCUCUUUUGUUCCAUCAAACACACACACAUGUACACCCACACACACACGCGCACACACAUUUAUACACACACUCAGACAGGGGGAAGGAAGCUGUCAAGGUUAGGGACGAUGUAGCUGCUGUAGUGGCCGUCAAUGAAGCCUUUCCCGCUGUUGUGGACGAACCAGCAGUACACAUCUGACCCGUGCUUCUUAUCAAACCGGUAGUCCUUCUGCCAGCCCCUGUGUGACACACACACACAAUACAAUCUUAGGACUCUUAUGACAGUCUGACAUGAGUUGUGUUGCAGUGUAUGUGCUUAAUAAAGAGGAAAGUGUAUAAAUCAUUCAUAUUACGUGGGUAAAUAAAGUAUGUGAGAUUUAUACAACAGA